AUGACCACCCGUGGACCUAGCAUCGUGUUUGAGUGGCUGAAGACCCUCCAGCUCUCUCAGUAUGUGGAGUCCUUCGUGGAUAACGGCUAUGAUGAUCUGAAAGUUUGCAAACAAAUUGGGGACCCCGACCUGGAUGCUAUCGGUGUCUACAUACCGCACCACCGGCGAAGGAUCAACAACGCGGUGCAAAGGCUGAAAGACGAGGAUGAGGAAGCCGCCGGGCUUUACUUCACACUUGAGCCAAUGCCCACCACACCCCCCAACAGCCACCUGUUGGAACAUUACGAGUCCAAACUCUGGGGGUCAAAGUCUUGGACCGAACCGGACAGUGACCGGGUCGGGAGGAACGGGGGCACAUAUCUGUGCGUGCAAAGGAACCUGAUGCUUGGCAACCGAAGGGAGUUGGUGAUUUACCCCAAACUGAAGCUGAAGAUCAUGAUUAGGGAUAAAGUCAUCGGAGAUGGCAUCAACCUCGCCAGGCCGCCAUACUCAAACAAGGUGAUGGAGUGGUCAGUGGCCAGUCUUUUGAAGGUCACUUUGGUGCGGUUACCAUCAUGA